UGCACAAGUUGCCCCGACAGCAGCAGCGAGGCGCACCGCACACAAAAAAAGUUUCUCCACCGGAAUGGGCAAGUUUCAGAAGAGCGCCUUUCUUUCACGUCCCACAUCUACGAGCCUGCGAACCACGAGGAGUUGGAUAUAAGGACCGACUGUGCGGAUCUCACGCACCAGAUCUUUUUUUGGGGGGAUUUGUUCUUGGUGGUUUCUCACUUUGUGUUGUUGGAUUGGUCGCGCUUCAUCGAAAGAGAAAACUCGAAGAGGGGUGUUCUCUCGUGUGGCCGAGAGGAGGGAGGAGGGGGGGAGAAAGAGAAAUGUGUUCCCCGGCGCAGGCUCGCCGUUUGGUGAGGUUUGCCGUGCUUUUCCUCCUGGUUCUGAGGCUCCAGUGCGGAUCUGCUGCGGACGCAAGGACGUGUCCCCCUCCAUGCGUGUGCAUCGGGGAGCUCUUGGACUGCAGUCGGCUGAGAAGGGGCCAAAUGCCAGAAGAGCUCCCGGAGUGGACGGUGCAACUGGACCUGAGCCAUAACAAAUUGCAGAUGCUUGACGGCACUUUGUUUUCCAAACUACAACAUCUCAGUGAAAUAAAGCUGAACCACAAUGAACUGGAUGCGAUACCCGAUUUGGGCCCGUAUGCUUCCAACAUCACGACGCUCAUUCUAGCAAACAACAGGAUCAACAGGAUCUCCGUGGAUCAGCUCCGGCCCUUCCUCGCUCUGGAAACGCUCGACCUCAGCAACAACAACAUCGUGGAGAUAAAGGCCAGCUCCUUCCCCACGCUGCCUCUCAAGAACCUGUUCCUCAACAACAACCGUAUCUCCGCACUGGAGACGGGCUGCUUCACCAACCUCUCCAGCAGCCUGCAGGUCCUCCGGCUCAACCGCAACCGCCUCUCCGCCAUCCCGGCUAAGAUGUUCCAGCUGCCCAACCUGCAGCACCUGGAGCUGAGCAGGAACCGCGUCCGCCGGGUGGAGGGCCUGACGUUCCACGGCCUGCACGCCCUUCGCUCCUUGAAGAUGCAGAGAAACGGCCUCAGCCGCCUGAUGGACGGAGCCUUCUGGGGCCUCAGCAACAUGGAAGUCCUGCAGCUGGACUACAACAACCUGACGGAGGUGAGUAAGGGCUGGCUGUACGGCCUGCUGACUCUGCAGCAGCUCCACCUCGGCCACAACGCCAUCAGCAGGAUCCGACCUGACGCCUGGGAGUUCUGCCAGAAACUCAGCGAGCUCGACCUCUCCUUCAACCAUCUGUCCAGACUGGAGGAAUCCAGCUUCGUAGGCCUCAGCGUGCUGGACGAGCUCCACAUCGGAAACAACCGCGUGAGCUUCAUUGCAGACGGGGCUUUUCGCGGCCUCUCCAACUUGCAGAAGCUGGAUCUCCAAAAUAAUGAAAUCUCCUGGACCAUUGAAGACAUGAAUGGCCCUUUCUCUGCCCUGGACAAGCUGAAAAAACUAUUUCUGCAGGGGAACCAGAUCCGCUCGGUGACCAAGAAGUCUUUCUCUGGCCUGGACGCGCUGCAGCACCUAGAUUUGAGCAACAACGCCAUCAUGUCCAUCCAGGCGAAUGCCUUCUCUCAGAUGAAGAACCUGCAGGAGCUGCGUCUGAACACCUCCAGCCUCUUGUGCGACUGCCAGCUGAAGUGGCUUCCCGUCUGGGUGGCAGAACAAACCUUCAUGCCCUGCGUCAACGCCAGCUGCGCCCACCCGCAGAUGCUGAAGGGCAGGAGCAUGUUCGCCGUCAGCCAGGAGGAGUUUGUGUGUGAUGACUUCCCAAAGCCUCAAAUCACCGUACAGCCGGAGACCCAGUCGGCGCUCAAGGGUACCAACGUGACGUUCGUCUGCUCGGCGGCCAGCUCCAGCGACUCGCCCAUGACCUUUGCCUGGAAGAAAGACAAUGAGGUCCUGAACGACGCGGAGAUCCACAACCAGGCCCACUUGCGGUUGCAGGGAGGCACGGCAGGCGAGACGGAGGUGACGGAGUAUACAACCACCCUGGAGCUACGUAAUGUGGAGUUCUCCAGCGAGGGGAAGUACCAGUGCGUCAUCUCCAACCACUUUGGAUCGUCCUAUUCCACCAAGGCCAGACUCACGGUCAACAUGAUGCCUUCCUUCACCAAGAUGCCGAUGGACCUGAGUAUCCGAGCUGGAGCAACAGCCAGGCUGGAAUGUGCCGCCGUUGGUCACCCUUCCCCUCAGAUCGCCUGGCAGAAAGACGGAGGCACCGACUUCCCUGCCGCCCGCGAACGCCGUAUGCACGUCAUGCCGGAGGACGACGUGUUUUUCAUCGUGGACGUGAAGACCGAGGACAUCGGCGUUUAUAGCUGCACGGCUCAGAACACAGCCGGAGCCAUUUCUGCAAACGCGACGCUCACUGUGCUAGAAACACCUUCCUUCUUGCGGCCCCUCAUGGAUCGCACGGUGGCCAAGGGCGAAACCGCCGUCCUCCAGUGCAUAGCUGGCGGCAGCCCUCACCCGAGGCUGAACUGGACCAAAGACGACAGCCCCCUGGUAGUGACCGAGCGCCACUUCUUCGCAGCCGCCAACCAGCUCCUCAUCAUCGUCGACGCUGCAGAGGCGGACGCGGGGAAGUACACCUGCGAGAUGUCCAACGCGCUGGGCACGGAGAGGGGCAACGUUCUGCUGGCGGUCAUCCCAAAUCCCAACUGCGACUCCGGGGUGCAGGGCGGCGUGGGAGUCGGCAUGGUGAGCGGCGCGGGAUCGGACGGCGAUGGGUGGACCACGGUGGGAAUCGUCAUCAUAGCCGUGGUGUGCUGCGUGGUGGGCACGUCGCUGGUGUGGGUGGUCAUCAUCUACCACACGCGGCGACGCAAUGAGGACUGCAGCGUCACCAACACAGAUGAGACCAACCUGCCGACCGACAUCCCCAGCUACCUGUCCUCCCAGGGAACGCUCGCCGACCGACAGGACGGCUACAUCCCAUCAGAGAGCGGCAGCAGCCAUCAGUACAUGGCUUCGGCAAUCAGCGGCUUCUACCUGCAGCCUAAAGACAUGAACGGUUUCUAUCAGCUUGAUACAGGAAGUGAAACCGACAUGGAGGCGGCCAUCGAUCCUCUGCUCUGCCAUUACCAAGGUCCCAUCGGCUCACUGCUUCGCCAAGAGAACUUGUACUCCACUGACCCGACAGAAGUCUUCACAGGCUGUUCCAUCGACCAAAAGCCCGUCUGCAUUGAGUCCUACAGCGGCAGCCUGACCAACUCUAAAAUGAGGGACUACUUCCUGUCUGAGCAUUUUGACCUCUGCUCCUCCUCUGUGCUGAUGCAGCUCCCCAACGCCAGUCUCCACCACGGCCCCUCUCCACAGCAGAGUGACCGCCGGCCAUCUGCGGAGGAGGUUGAAGCUAACGACUACGGGAAGCCUCACGAGUGCCUUUCCCCCUCCAACACCUUCAUGGGAACAUUUGGGAAGGCUCCGUGGAGGCCUAGCAAGGACCUUUACCCGGGCUUCCCACCGCCGUUGGUGACGCAUAACGGGAUGACUCUGCACGAGAAUCCCUACACGGCUCCGGAUGCCAAUUCCGACCCGGAGGAGCACAGUCUCGCCAAGGACUCGGCGUCGGAGCAGAGCAACAGCGUUUAUGAGCAGCCGUUUGACAGCAGCAGGACAGAUCCCUUCACCCAGCGCAGAACGAGCACUUAGCUCAGUGACACUUGCUUUUCGUGAAGAGGACGACCAAAAAAAAAAAAGAAUAACUUCUACCUCACUGAAUGGACACUUUUGCAAUAAAGGACUCCUGAAAUGUGCAACGAGUGAAUGUAACGGACAAUUUGAUGUUCCUAGAGGAAAGUCAAAAGGAGCAUAUUAGCAGCUGUUCGUCAAGGACACGGCUUCAGCUAAAUAAUAUAGAUGAAUAUAUACAGUUUUUUUAUAUAAAGUUUAUUAUAUUUUGUAAAUUGUAUAUAAACAGAUUCCAUUAUUUUUGCUUACCAUUUGUGUACAAGUAUUUUGCAGCCCUGCGAAUUCUGUUAUUCCAGCUUUGAAUGAAGCAAUGUUUUGCACAUAUGUAAACAAUAAAA